CCAGAAGUACUCCCAUACUAUGUAUCCGCUCUUUCCGAGGAAGUGCAGCCCCAUCCAGAACAGGCAGAUCUAAACCACUUCCUAAGUCUUGAUCUCCCACAAUGAGUACCUCCGUCUUGGUUGGAUUCAGCCUCAGUUUGUUAUCCCUCAUCCAGCUUGUUACUGUUUCCAGGCAGGCAUUUAGGGAAGUUAGGCUAUUUCCUGUUGAAGUUGACAUGGAGAAAUAGAUUUGGGUGUCCUCAGGAUAUUGAUAACACUCUGCAUGAAAUCCCCUGAUGAUCUCUCCCAGCGGUUUCAUGUAGAUGUUAAAAAGCAUUGGAGACAGUAUGAAGCCUUGUGGGACUCCAUACCGGAGCUCUUGUUUUGAAGAGCAACCGUCUCCAAGUGACACCAUCUGGAACCUACCUGAGAGGAACAAAUUCUCUUACGACUGGAGGAUGGGAUACUUCUACCUGGGGAUCAAAUUUAGAUAUCGAACCUCAAACUCAACCAAUAUCAUCUCCUACAGCAAUCACCAAGCCAGUCAGGAGGACUAUGGUAGAUGAAUCAGAAAACUUCUUCAGUGCCUUUCUCUCUCCAACGGAUGUUCAGAGCAUACAGCAAAAUUCAGUGGUGUCUAAGCCACCCACCAAAUCGCAGCGACCCAAAGAAGAGGUAAAAAACACAUUACAGGAUUCUCUGCCUCCUGACCUGCCAGAAACAGAAGCAAAAGACUUCUCUGUAAUUGCAUCAGUGGGACUGGAAACUGUUGAUGAUUCCCAGGAAACGUUAGAAGAAAAUAAUACUGAAGAAAAGCCUGAUGAAAACAAAACUAAAGAUGCUGAUCAAAAGGCAUCUGUUCAGCAUCUCGCUGUAGCAGAUGAUGCUGUUGUGAAAUUGAGUUCAAGAAGUGAUGGACCUGGACAUGUGCCUGACAUCUCUGCGCAGCCUCUGUCUACAGAGGCAAAGAAUGGAGGCUUGGAUACUAAAGAGCGUAAAAGUGAGGACAGGCAGAGCAAUACACCUUCACCUCCAAUCAGCACUUUCUCCUCAGGGACAUCCACAACUAGUGAUAUUGAAGUUUUGGACCAUGAAAGUGUAAUAAGCGAGAGUUCAGUAAGUUCUAGGCAAGAGGCUGCUGAUUCAAAAGCCAGUCUUCAUUUGAUGCAAACUUCCUUCCAGCUUCUAUCGUCAUCUGCCUGCGCAGAAUAUAACCGUCUAGAUGACUUUCAGAAAUUGACUGAGAGUUGCUGCUCCUCAGAUGCUUUUGAAAGGAUAGACUCAUUCAGUGUGCAGUCUUUAGACAGCCGUAGUGUAAGUGAAAUAAACUCAGAUGAUGAAUUGUCAGGUAGGGGAUGUGUUUCGGCAUCUGUCAACAUCAGCCCUCCAAUACCAAAGAGUGAUGAGGCUGAACCUAUAAAAAUAAAGUAUGAUCAAAUCGUAAAUGAGGCUCUUGCUCUACCCACAGAAGAAAUGGAAAUGGAGGAAAGUGGGCGAAGUGCAACCCCUGUUAACCCUGAGCAGCCAGAUGUUCUGGCUGUUCCUGUGCAAACCGAUGAAGGGCAGAUGGUGAAAGAGGAGAUGAUGGUACUUCAGUUCAGUGGUGAAACAUCGUCCAGUGUAAAGUGUGAAAAAGAGGAACUUUGCAAGAUCAUUGAUUCAUUGACGGAGAAACUGGAGAAGAGGGAAAAUCAGCUGUUGAGUGUUAGUAAAGAGAAGGCAUGCCUAGAAGAAGCUUGUGAUAACCUUAAAGAUGAAAUCUUCCGAAUGAAAGAAGAGAGCAGUAGCAUUUCAUCUCUUAAAGAGGAGUUUGCUCAGCGAAUAGCAGACGCGGAGAAAAAGGUUCAAUUAGCAUGCAAAGAGAGAGAUGCAACAAAAAAGGAAGUAAAAACUCUCAAAGAAGAGCUAGCAACUAGAUUGAACAGCAAUGAAACUGCUGAGCUACUAAAAGAGAAAGAAGAACAGAUUAAAGGAUUAAUGGAAGAAGGAGAAAAGCUUUCAAAACAGCAGUUGCAAAACUCUAACAUCAUUAAGAAACUAAGAGCAAAGGAUAAGGAAAAGGAAAAUGUUAAUACAAAGCAGAGUAAAAAAAUUAAGGAGUUAGAAGAAGAAUUACAGCAUCUGAAACAGGUAUUAGAUGGCAAAGAGGAGGUUGAAAAGCACCAUCGAGAAAACAUUAAGCAGCUAAAUAGUGUGGUUGAACGGCAAGAGAAGGAUCUUGGCAGACUCCAGGUGGAUUUGGAGGAACUUGAAGAGAGGAAUCGAAGUGUCCAAGCAGCCCUUGAUAGUGCAUAUAAGGAGCUUACAGAUCUUCACAAAGCUAACGCUACAAAAGAGAGCAAGGCACAAGAAGCAGCAUUGAGCCAUGAAAUGAAAGCAAAGGAAGAACUGGGUUUAGCUCUCGAGAGAGCCCAAGAAGAGGCUCGUCAGCAACAAGAGGCUUUAGCAAUUCAGGUGGCAGACUUGAGACUGGCCCUGCAACGUGCAGAACAACAAACAGCUAGAAAAGAGGAUUAUUUCCGUCAGGAAAUUGGUGAACUGCAACAGAGAUUGCAAGAAGCAGAGGCCCGCAACCAAGAAUUGAGUCAAAGUGUUACAACUGCCACAAGGCCCUUGCUCCGGCAGAUAGAAAACCUUCAAGCAACCCUUGCAGCACAGACCUCUUCAUGGGAGAAGUUGGAGAAGAACCUUUCUGAUAGACUUGGGGAAUCUCAAACUGCCCUGGCAGCUCAGACUGAAAGAGAACGUGCUGCUACAGAAGAACUUCUUUCCAAUAAAAUUCAGCUAUCUUCCACCGAGUCGCAAAAUAGUCUGCUAAGACAAGAAAAUAAUCGCCUUCAAGCUCAACUAGAGACAGAGAAAACCAGACUCAAGAAACUGGAAAAUGAAAACAAUCGGUAUGAAGUUGAAAUGGAAAACCUUAAAGAAGAGUAUGUGAAAACAAUUGAAGAGGCAAAGAAAGAAAAGAUGCUGCUGGCUACUCAGUUAGAAAUGGAGAAGAUGAAAGUUGAACAAGAAAAAAAGAAAGCCAUUUUUGUUCAAGAAACAGUAAGAGAAAAGGAACGUAAAUUAUUCACUUCAUCGACAAUGGAAACUGUGUCGAGCACUCCAACUUUGUCACGCUCGAGUUCCAUAAGUGGGGUUGAUAUGGCAGGGCUCCAGGGAUCCUUCAUAUCCCAGGAUGACCCUCAUGAUCAUUCCUUCGGUUCAAUGUCUACAAGUGGGAGCAAUCUGUAUGAUGCAGUGCGAAUGGGAGCAGGUUCAAGCAUUAUUGAAAACCUGCAGUCACAAUUAAAAUUGCGGGAUGGAGAGAUUUCUCAUUUACAGUUGGAAAUUGGAAACCUUGAAAGAACUCGGUCAGUAAUGGCAGAAGAGCUGGUAAAGUUAACAAAUCAAAAUGAUGACUUGGAAGAAAAGGUAAAGGAGAUACCCAAGCUACGUGCACAGCUACGGGAUUUGGAUCAGAGAUACAAUACCAUCCUUCAGAUGUAUGGUGAGAAAGCAGAAGAGGCAGAAGAAUUGAGACUGGACCUUGAAGAUGUGAAGAACAUGUACAAGACUCAGAUUGAUGAACUUCUAAAGCAAAGGCAUAGUUAAUAACUGCUGCAAAUGCAACUUGGAAACAAGGUUGCAUUAAACUGUAAAGAUGUUUAUGUAAAUAUAAACAGCUUGUAAAGAAUCUGUACUAUAGAGUGAUUAUACUGUAGAGUUCAUAUGUGAAGAAAUCAUUAUGCUUUCACAGUGGCUGACUGUUGACAGUUAAAUUAUUAAAUAUUUAAAAUCUUAAAGCCAUGGCUUUAUCUUAAUGCCAAUUAAAAUGCAGCCCAUCUUGUGUCUAUAAAAUAGUACAUUGACUUGCUAAUUCUGACUGAAUAGUAAAAAUAGUGGGAGUUUUUAUUUGCAAUCAUCACAUAAUGAUGCAUUGGAAUAAUUCCAUUCAGUUAGCCGAUUGAUAUCUGAAUGUUAAUAUGUUCCUAUCUGAAUGGAUGGAUGACUUGGAUGGGGGAAAUUUUCAUCUCAAAUAUAUCAGUUUUAAAAAUGUAUAUACAGUUAACUGUGACUUUCUAUCUGAAAAGAAGGUGGGUGCCUUCAAGGCUUUUUUCUUUUUAACUGCUAUUUGAAUUUGUACUAUGCUGCCCUAACCAGAGAGUUAACUGUUGCUACUUGAAAAAUUGGAACAUAGCCUUUGCCCCCUGCAAGCUCACUUUGGUUCAUUAGAUAAAACUCAGUACGCUUUAUCUGCAUUAAAAUGUAUUGCUGCACUUCCUAUAUGGGGCUGCAUUCCUAAAGCAUAAUACACUGCCACAUUAGAGGUGAGCUGCUUAGCAGCUUUAAUGGGUCUUAACUGUAGUGAGAGAGACAAUGCGGUUUGUUGUAAACAUAACAAAUUGGAGGACAAAAAGGAGUAUGGUGUAAAUGGUCACACUCUGAAACUGUUGCUCCUUUCUCUGACAUGGUUUGCUUUUUUCCAGUGUGUAUUAAUGCACUUUAUUUUAAAAGUGAAUAAACUUGUUUCAGAUACUUCA